GAGAAGGCACUGACGCACAAAUGACGGGUGAGAUCUGCGACCAAACGUUGGUAAUAAUGUGCGGUCUGUAGUGUGAGAAACUACUUUUACAGCAUGAGUUCAGAAGCGGUCAUUCUGUUGGAGACUGUCAACUUCGCUGCUGAAAAGCACCGCAAUCAACGACGUAAAGAUGCUGAACAAACGCCAUAUAUCAACCACCCAAUAGGUGUGGCAAGGAUCCUAAGCCAUGAAGGUGGGAUCACAGACAUUGAAGUUUUGCAAGCAGCUUUGCUCCAUGACACAGUGGAGGACACUGACACCAGCAUAGGAGAACUACAGGCCAUCUUUGGGCAAACGGUGGCUCGAAUUGUUCAGGAAGUGACAGAUGAUAAGGCGCUACCCAAGCAUGAGAGGAAACGUCAGCAGGUGGAGCAUGCACCUCACGCCAGCCACCAGGCCAAACUGGUCAAACUGGCUGACAAACUGUACAACCUGAGGGACCUGAACCGCUGCACACCUACAGGUUGGUCGGCAGAGCGUGUUCAGGAGUACUUUGUGUGGGCAGCCCAGGUAGUGAGAGGACUGAGGGGGACCAACCCAGCACUGGAGAGACACCUAGAGGAGCUCUUCAAGCAGAGGGGGGUUGAGCUUUGACACCUCUCUACUUCUGAUACAGGGUGGCACAACAGAGCAACUCUUGAUGCACACUUUUGUAAAGAGUUCAUGUGAAAAGAUCUGAGCAUAUUGUCUUCAUAAUAGGAGCCUUCUCCAUCGAAUAAACUCUUAGCUCUCAUAAGGAUAUAUUUUUUAUGGGUAAUUUAUUAUUCAUUCAUUCUACAGUCAUUUGCAUACAUUGUCUGUAGAACUGGCAAACCAUCAAUGUCACCUUGAGUUUUCUCGUAUUGAAUAAAGCAAUGAUAUGCAUAAUUUUGUGAAGAUGAAAGGCUGUUGUGGAAAUUCACCACCAUGUCAUGGAAAUGACCACCAGGGACACUUAAGUCAAUCUUAAAUGAAUGAUCCUUUAUUAUCAGCGCGCUGGAGAGGUUCCAACCAACUCAAUGCACUAUAGAGCACAUGUCAAUCAGGAGCUCUGCUGGGGCAGUCCCAACUGUUGUCUUAUAUAUGGCUAUACACAGACAUGUUAUAUUUGCAUAAUUAAUUCAUCAUUACUGUUUUGUUUCAUACAUGUGACCGACCAGUACUGGUUCAUAACAUGUGACAGACCAAUACCUCAAGGCUUCUUCUCUCUAAGCCAAGACCUUGAAACUCAGAACUUUUGUUCUCGAAACAAAGUUCUGGGCGUACUGCCAAAUUGCAGCUACUGAGAGUGAGGAUUCGUUCAGUCAGUCACUUGCAUGAACAUAGAAAACGGUUACUAGAAAAGCACACGACUAGAACACAGAAAUUAGUUCUUAGAAAAGCACAAACGUUAAACAUUUCCAGCACAGUUACUUUUGUAAAUCAUAGUUUGCAGGACUCAUCUGAAUUCUGAUAUUUGUUGUUUUAUCACCUACAUUGUAUCUGUUGCCUUUUGUAUCAUUAAUACUGACAAUCAAAGAUGGGGUAGUGAAAAUACAUGUAAUAUUUAUCCCCUCAAUAAAAACAAUGAAUUCCA